UUAUUGGAUUUUUUUGUGUCUACUUUCAGAUCUGAAACUUCACCCAGGACCUUGCCUGUGAAAGACAUUCUUGAAGAGUUGUCCCAAAAAAUUGACACUGGAAUGCACUGCAAGUUUAACAUAAAUCGUUCUAAAGUUUUAGAUGGUGCCAUGCGUGGAUUUAAGAGGGUAACAUACAAUCCACAUUUCUCAAUGAACGUUAAAUUUUCUGAUGAUUUCGGAAAAAAUGAAGAGGCAGUCGAUUUGGGUGGCCCACGGAGAGAAUUUCUGCGUAUUCUCAUUGAUGCCUUGGCCAUGUCUCUGAUGUUUGAAGGUCCAGACGAAAGCAAAAAUUUAGCAAUGAACAGUACAGCCCUCAGGGAGGACAAGUACUUUAUGGCUGGAAGGGCAAUAGCUGUUAGCCUUGUCCAUGGAGGUCCAGCUCCACGUUUCCUUUCUCCGGUCCUUUUCGCGUGCUUGGUUGGAGGUCCAGCUGCAGCUUGCCCUACUUUAAAGGAUAUAACUGAUGCAGACCUCCACGAGAAACUGCAAAUGGUAUCUGAAAGUUCGACUCUGGAGGAGCUUCAAAGAGCCACUGAUCCUCUUUUAGACUACAUGGCCAGUGCAGGUUGCAUCAGACUCUUAACAACCAUCAGUGAUCGAGAUCUUCUCAUGCAUGAUCUGCUAAUGUUUCAUGUUGUUCACCGAGUCCAGGGCCCUUUUCAAAGGUUUGAAGAAGGACUAAAGACACUUGGCGUUUUGGAUGUUGUGAAGCAACAUCCAGACAGUUUUCGGACUUUGUUCUGCCAUGAACCACAGCCAUUAACUGCUGACAUGAUGGAUGACCUUUUCACCCCUCGGCUUGCUCCCAAAGGAAGUAACAGGAGAAGCGUGGAAGAGACGGUCAUUCCUUUGUGGCGAGAUUAUCUGCAGGAUGCAGAAGAUGAGGAAGGAUCAUCCAAGCUUCAAAACAUUCUUGUAUUUGCAACUGGAGCAAAUGAGAUACCACCAAUCGGCUUUAUUCCAGCACCAUCCAUCGAGUUUCUUCAUGAGGGUAGUGAAGAAAGCUCAUCAAAACUAAUGCUUCCCAUGGCCAACACCUGUAUAAACUGCUUGAAACUCCCGCUCCUAACAACUUAUGAGGUGUUUAAGGAAAACAUGGACUUUGCUUUAUGGAACACGCAGGGAUUUGGGAGAACAUGA